UCUUUGUUUCCAUUUUUAUACUCGCAGAUUUUUCUUCACCCACAGAUCUCAACCGUUGAUCUUUUUAACGCAAAAAUUUACCGUCUUUUUCGAGGGAUCGAUUGGUCGUUUGAUUGUCUUGGAAUCCUUUUUCUUUCUUUUAUUUUUAUCCUUUCUCUUUCUUUCUUAUAUUAGUAAAACACUUGGACUUUCCACCUCAACCGCCUCACACGCCAUGAAGCAGGUGAAUGAUUUUAUGCCGCCUUUUGUUUCGGCAACUUAGCGAUUGGUAAACCUUAAGCUAGCUUGUGGAAAGACUGAAGACAGAACGUGCAAGAAUAGAUGCUUCAUAAAUUUUAUUAAUGAUACAACUCACAUCGGAAGUCUUGAAAUUGAUUGCUUUUAUUGAAUUUAUCUGAAUGGGAACUGGGGAAGAGAGCACACCUGCAAAGCCUUCUAAACCAGCUUCUUCAACACAGGAAAUACCAGCCACACCAGCAUACCCUGAUUGGUCAAGCUCUAUGCAGGCUUUUUAUGGUGCUGGGGCUACACCACCUCCUUUUUUUGCUUCAACUGUUGCUUCUCCAACUCCUCAUCCUUAUCUGUGGGGAAGCCAGCAUCCUUUGAUGCCACCAUAUGGGACCCCGGUUCCUUACCCAGCUAUAUAUCCUCCUGGGGGAGUCUAUGCCCAUCCUACCAUGGCUACGACUCCUAGCUCAGCACCAACAAAUGUUGAGCUGGAAGGAAAAGGACCUGAAGGGAACUUCCAGACUUCAACUAAAAAAUCCAAGGGAACUUCUGGGGGCAAGGUUGGAGAUAUUGCCAAGGCGGCUUCAGGUUCUGGGAAUGAUGGCUCCCAAAGUGCUGAAAGCGGUAGUGAGGGCUCAUCAGAUGCAAGUGAUGAAAAUGCAAAUCAGCAGGAGUUCACUGCAGGUAAAAAGGGAACCUUUAAGCAGAUGCUUGCAGAUGCAGCUAAUGCCCACAGUAGCACUGGUGAGGCAGUUCAAGCUCCAGUGGCUGGGAAGCCUGUAGUGUCUAUGCCAGCAACUAACCUUAAUAUUGGAAUGGACUUGUGGAAUGCAGCCCCUGCUACAGCUGGAGCUGCAAAAAUGAGACCAUCCGGGACUCCUACUGCAGUUGUUGCUCCUGCAGCAAUGAUUGGACGUGAAGGCAUAAUGCCUGACCAAUGGAUUCAAGAUGAACGUGAACUGAAAAGACAGAAAAGGAAGCAAUCUAAUAGGGAGUCGGCCAGAAGAUCAAGAUUACGAAAGCAGGCGGAAUGCGAAGAGCUGCAAGCUAGGGUAGAGAGGUUGGCCACAGAGAACAGUAACCUUAGAGACGAGUUGCAGAGGCUUUCUGAAGAAUGUGAGAAGCUUACAGCGGCAAACAUCUCUAUUAAGGAAGAAUUGACGCAAAUAUGCGGAGCAGAGGCUGUAGCUAACCUUGAACAGAGCAGGCCAACAGCAGUUCCCCUCUCACACCCCGAUGAGGGAAAUAGUUAAAUAUUAAACAGGAAACACACCUACGAAUUAUAACUUCGAGCUUAGACCAGAAAUUCCUAGAUUCAUUUCUCUGGGAAUUUGUCCGCUUGGCUUUAUCGAGCAUAGCUGCUUUUUUUAUUUUUAAAUUACUAAUAUAUACCCAUAACCUAACCUUUGUAAAUGUAUUGUUUAUUAAUCAACCUCUACAGUAAUUGAAGAUUAAUUCCACUGACUGGAUUUAGCUCA